CUUUCUUUCUCAAGCAAAAGGCCUGUCUUGGUUCUUCAGAAUGAAACCCUCUAUUCCCAAAGGCGACCAUACACUAGUGAGGAUGAAGCCUGGAAGUCCUUUCUUGAAAACCCCCUUACAGCAGCUACCAAAGCUAUGAUGAGCAUCAACGGGGACGAGGACAGCGCAGCUGCAUUGGGCCUCUUGUACGACUACUACAAGGUUCCCCGGGAAAGGAAAGCUUCUACGGUGAAACCAGAUGUAGACCAUUCUGAUCAAGAUCAUGGGAAAAGGAACAGUAUGCCCAACCUGAUGGAACAGUCACUUAUUUCUGCUGGGGAGAACAGAGUGCAGGUCUUGAAGAACAUGCCUUUGAAUAUUGUCCUUCCGCACAGUUCCCAAAUGGGCAUGGACAAGAGGGGCCACCUGACAACCCCAGAUACUACAGUCACCGUCUCCAUUGCAUCCAUGCCCACCCAUUCAAUCAAGACAGAAACUCAGCCGCACAAUUUUACCGUGGGCAUGCCUCCAAACGUCUACCACCCGGAAGCCCCGGAGAGGGUGGUGGCUUUAGAUCGGAGCCUCAACACUGACCAGUUUAGCACCAACAGCCAGCCUCAAAAUUCCCAGCGACGUACUCCUGAUUCCACCUUCUCCGAGUCUUUCAAAGAAGAUGUGCCAGAGGUUUUUUUCCCUUCUGAACUGAAUCUUCGGAUGGCCAAUGUCAAUUCUGAAGACUAUGUGUUUGAAAGCAUUACUGGGAACAACUUUGAAUAUACGUUGGAAGCUUCAAAAUCACUUCGGCAGAAGCCAGGAGAUAAUACGAUGACUUAUCUAAACAAGGGGCAGUUUUAUCCCAUUACCCUGAAGGAAAUUAGUGGCGGUGAAGGAAUCCAUCAACCUAUCAGUAAAGUUAGAAGUGUCAUCAUGGUCGUAUUUGCUGAGGACAAAAGCCGUGAGGAUCAGCUCAGGCAUUGGAAGUACUGGCACUCCAGGCAACACACAGCUAAACAAAGGUGCAUUGACAUAGCUGAUUAUAAGGAGAGCUUCAACACCAUAAACAAUAUCGAAGAGAUAGCCUAUAAUGCCAUCUCCUUCACUUGGGACAUUAAUGAUGAAGCAAAGGUCUUCAUUGCUGUGAACUGCCUUAGUACGGAUUUCUCCUCGCAGAAAGGCGUCAAAGGCCUCCCUCUCAAUCUUCAGAUCGACACCUACAGCUACAACAACCGAAGCAACAAGCCCAUCCACAGAGCUUACUGCCAGAUUAAAGUCUUCUGCGACAAGGGAGCAGAAAGGAAGAUCCGGGAUGAAGAACGGAAACAGAGCAAAAGAAAAGGCAAAUGCAGCGACCCCAGUUCUCAGCUGAAUGCCUUUUCUGAUGUCAAGGUACCCAUGCUUCCCUCCCAUAAGCGGACAGACAUCACCAUCUUCAAGCCAUUCAUGGAUCUUGAUACUCAGCCAGUUCUCUUCAUACCUGAUGUUCAUUAUUCAAAUAUUCAGCGUGGAACUCACAGUUUUCCAGUUGCAUCUGAUGAAAUGGAAGGAGAAGGGUCUACCAUGAAGAGAGGGGCUUAUAUAAAUGAAGAUGAAUUUGCUGCUAGUCCAAUUAAGAUGUCCCGGAUAGAAGAACCAAAAAGAGUGUUGUUGUAUGUCCGGAAAGAAUCAGAAGAAGUAUUUGAUGCACUUAUGCUUAAAGUUCCAUCUCUGAAAGGUCUUAUGGAAGCUAUAUCUGACAAAUAUGAUGUCCCCUUGGACAAAAUAGGAAAAGUCUUCAAGAAAUGUAAAAAGGGUAUUUUAGUGAAUAUGGAUGAUAAUAUUGUGAAGCAUUAUUCCAAUGAAGACACCUUCCAGUUACAGAUAGAAGAAGCCGCCGGAUCUUAUAAACUCACCCUUACUGAAAUCUGAAACCUAAUUUGUUGGGAUCCUUG